AUGGCUACAAAUUCUUCAAAAGCUUGUCCAGCUCCAAUGAAAGCAACCUCUAAUGGAGUUUUCCAAGGAGAUAACCCAAUAGACUUCGCUUUACCACUUGCGAUUCUGCAGAUAGUCAUCGUCGUGGUCCUCACUCGUGUUCUUGCUUACCUCUUAAGACCUUUGAGACAACCUCGUGUUAUUGCAGAAGUCAUUGGUGGGAUUAUGCUGGGACCGUCUCUUCUUGGCCGUUCCAAGGUUUUUCUUGACGCUGUCUUCCCAAAGAAGAGCCUCACUGUUCUUGAAACUCUGGCUAACCUCGGCCUUCUCUUCUUCCUUUUCCUCGCCGGUUUAGAGAUCGACACCAAAGCCCUCCGUCACACCGGGAAAAAGGCUUUAGGGAUUGCCCUGGCCGGAAUCUCCCUCCCGUUUGCUCUUGGCAUUGGCUCUUCGUUUGUUCUGAGAGGAACAAUCAACAAAGGAGUAGACAGCACUGCGUUCCUCAUCUUCAUGGGUGUGGCACUUUCCAUCACUGCCUUCCCUGUCUUGGCCCGUAUCUUAGCUGAGCUCAAGCUCCUCACCACUGAGAUCGGACGGCUUGCCAUGUCAGCAGCUGCGGUUAACGACGUGGCAGCUUGGAUUCUCCUUGCUCUAGCCAUUGCUCUCUCGGGAUCCAACGCCUCCCCUCUCGUCUCUCUUUGGGUUUUCCUCUCCGGGUGUGCGUUUAUCAUCGGUGCUUCUUUCAUCAUUCCUCCAAUCUUCAAAUGGAUCGCCCGGAGGUGCCACGAGGGAGAGCCCAUCGAAGAAACCUACAUCUGCGCCACUUUAGCUGUGGUUCUUGUCUGCGGAUUCAUCACCGACGCCAUUGGGAUCCAUUCCAUGUUUGGUGCUUUUGUGGUUGGUGUUUUGAUCCCAAAGGAAGGACCUUUCGCUGGUGCCCUCGUUGAGAAGGUGGAGGAUCUUGUUUCCGGUCUCUUCCUGCCGCUUUACUUUGUGGCGAGCGGUCUGAAAACGAACGUGGCCACGAUUCAAGGAGCUCAGUCUUGGGGCCUUCUGGUUCUAGUCACCGUCACUGCUUGUUUCGGUAAGAUUGUUGGCACUCUCGGUGUUUCCCUCGCCUUCAAGAUACCUAUGCGUGAAGCUGUUGCAUUAGGCUUCCUCAUGAACACUAAAGGAUUAGUCGAACUCAUCGUCCUCAACAUCGGGAAAGAUCGAAAGGUUCUGAAUGAUCAGACAUUUGCCAUAAUGGUACUAAUGGCUCUCUUCACAACCUUCAUCACCACACCAAUCGUGAUGGCGGUUUACAAACCCGCGAGGAGAGCGAAGAAAGAAGGCGAAUACAAACACAGGACGGUCGAGCGAGACAACACAAACACACAGCUCCGAAUCCUCACAUGUUUCCAUGGCGCAGGAAGCAUUCCUUCGAUGAUAAACCUCCUCGAAGCCUCGAGAGGCAUAGAGAAAGGCGAAGGACUCUGCGUCUACGCUCUUCACUUGAGAGAGCUCUCGGAGAGAUCUUCAGCUAUCCUAAUGGUUCACAAAGUUCGCAAAAACGGAAUGCCGUUUUGGAACAGGAGAGGGAUCAACGCAGGAGCAGACGCAGAUCAAGUGGUGGUUGCUUUCCAAGCGUUUCAGCAGCUGAGCAGAGUCAAUGUCAGACCAAUGACGGCGAUCUCUUCAAUGACUGAUAUUCACGAAGAUAUCUGUACAACGGCUGAGAGGAAAAAAGCAGCCAUUGUGAUUCUGCCGUUUCACAAGCAUCAGCAGCUUGAUGGUUCGUUGGAGACGACGCGUGGAGAUUACCGGUGGAUCAACAGGCGGGUUUUGGUUGAGGCUCCUUGCUCCGUUGGGAUAUUCGUUGACCGUGGGCUCGGUGGUUCCAGUCAAGUCUCCGCUCAGGACGUUUCUUACUCCGUCGUUGUUUUGUUCUUCGGUGGUCGUGACGAUCGUGAAGCGUUGGCGUAUGGAUUACGAAUGGCGGAGCAUCCCGGAAUUUCCUUGACGGUUUUCCGGUUUGUGCUGUCGCCGGAGAGAGUCGGAGAGAUUACUCGUGUCGAGGUGGAUAAUAACAACAGCGAGAAUCAGAGUCUGAAAAAUCUCAAUUCGGAUGAGGAGAUUAUGUCUGAUAUCAGGAAGAAGGCGUCGGCGGAUGAAUCGAUCAAGUUCGUGGAGAAACGAGUGGAAAACGCUGCCGUGGAUGUUAGAUCGGCGAUUGAGGAAGUGCGGCGGAGCAAUCUGUUCUUGGUGGGUAGAAUGCCAGGUGGAGAAAUCGCAUUGGCGAUUAGGGAAAACAGUGAAUGCCCAGAGCUUGGACCAGUCGGAAGCUUGUUGAUCUCGCCGGAAUCUUCGACGAGAGCAUCGGUUCUGGUGAUUCAGCAGUAUAAUGGCACCGGAACAGCUCCGGAUUUGGCUGCAGCUGGGACAGAGUUAUCGACUUCUUCGCCGGAUAAAGACUCUGAAUAA